UUCAGAAUGCAACUAUUUGUUUAAGCAUUAAUAAAGUAACGGAAAUUCCACGCAACUCAUCUUCCAAAUCAUUGAACACCAAGAGUCGGCAAAUCUCAUUAGCACUUACCACAACAAACAAAAUGAAGAGAAAAACAGGCACAAUACUAUUCAUAUACAUAUAUAUGGGUGCACUUUACAAGGUAAUUUUCUGCACCCUCGAAACUUUCGUUAACCAGCUGUGUUUGCAUCAAACACUUACACUUCCUAUGUUACUGUGACCAUUCUUAAAACACCCUCUUCCGUUGUUCUCUCUUUGUUCUCAACAACGAUGGAAUCGGACACUGAAGGUGGAGGUGCCCUAGGGCAAGCAUCAUCAGUUCUUGCACCUCCAAAUGGGAACAGCAUAGAAACUAGGUCUAUGAGAAGUUCCAAUUAUAGUUACGCCAAUGAAGAAGUUAUUGGAGAUGAGGCAUCAAGGUUUGAGGUUUGGGGAUGGUAUCUGUAUGAGUUCUGCUCUUACUUUGUUCAAACUGUUCUCAUCCCUGUGGUUUUUCCUCUCAUUAUUAGUCAGUUACAGCACCUUCCAAUGGACCCUGUUCAGGAGUGGUUCAAGAACCACCAGGGUGUGGUCUGUGCAGAAAAGGAAAUUAACCUGUACAGCACACUAACAGAGCGCACCAUAACAGUGAACGGUUCAACCUUCUCUUCUUUGGAGUGGACAGCAAUGGCAUGGGGUGGAGGUCUUGCCCUAGCUGCUCCAAUUCUGGCCUUUAUUUCUCUCUACAUCAAUGCUUCCUUCCAAACAUUCAUCACAGCUGCAGCAACAGGCAUUGGAGUCCUCUUUUGUCUCCCUGUAGGUCUCUUCAAAACCACUAAGAUCUUCAUUCUCUACAUUGCAAUCAUUGUUGUUGCAAUCACACUCUCAACUGCAACACACACUCACCACUUAGCCCUCAUGGCUCCUAAACUUUCAACACCAUCACCAUUAAGCAAACUAUCCAUAUUUUCCAAAAAACAAGGACUCUCUACUUGGAUCUCUCUCUUUGCCACUGUUGUUGGCUGUUUGGGUGCCUCCAUUGUCUCAUCCUUCACUUACCACAUGCUCAGGGAACCCAUUGAGCGUGAGUUUAUCAGUCUCUGGAUUGUGACAAUAUUUUGUGGCUUGUUAUGGCUAGUGGGGCUGUUGCAUGUGUUCACAGCAGAAAACAGAACCACUUCUGUGCCAAACAUUUUGUCCACAAGGUUUCAACUUUUUACAAUAUUCAAAUACCCAAAUGCAAUUGGAGGUUUGGUUUCUGUUUUUCUCUCCUCGUUUACCACAAUGGGGGUUUUCACUGGUGGGGUGCUGUUCAUAGUGGGCCAACUCUGCAUUGUGCCAGUGCACUUGCUUUAUUUCUGGUUAACCUAUUUCCUCUUCCCUCUGGUUUCCCUGCCACUACUAUUCCAACCACUGCAGCACCUAAUCAAGGCCAAUUCUGUGAAAAUGAAGAUCAUGGGGUUACUGUUGUCGCUUGUAAGUUCUGGUUUUGGGUUCUACUUCUGGGAGAGUCACUGGAAAUGGGGGCACUUGCUGGUGUUUGGGGCCAUUCAGGGCACAUCAAGUGCACUGUUGCAUGCUUUUGGAAGGGUGUUGAUGUUGGAGACUGCUCCAUGUGGUGAAGAACGUGGGUUUUGUGUUUGGUAUGGUUGGGUGAGAGGAGUUGGGUUGUUUGGGGGGUUCGUAGUGGGUUCAGUGGUGCCAGGGAGUGUGAGAACUGCUUUUGGGGCUGCGUUUUGCAGUGCCCUUGUCGGCAUUGUGGUUCUGCUUUUUGGAAAUGUGAGUGACUUUGGUGCUGCUAAAGAGGGUGGUGAGAGGGCAUUGGAUUCCAAGGAAUCUAUCAGCGUUUGAGAGUGUGUCGUGUAAUAAACCGAUGUUGUUGUUACAUUGUA